UUUAAUUUCUGACAAAUUGGAUGUGGAAUAUCGAAACUUGUUGUCGUUAAAAUAUUUAUACUUUUGUAGUUUUGACUCAACUCAAAUGAUGACUAAUAUUUGGAGAGUUUUGGGAAUGUUGCUGUUUAUUUUGAACUUUUCCAUCGGAUAUCCAUCAAGUGGAGUAGAAAAGGACUCUCGCAAAGUCGUAUUACAAGAUCCUGAAGAAUCGGGAGGAUUUUUUGAAGGUGAUAUAGAUUUGACAGAUGAACAAUUGCUAGGACUACGAUCAAGAAAUGGUUUGAUUGCACGAUCUAAACGUUGGCCUAACAAAUUGGUCGUUUACAAAAUCAGUCCGCAGUUUGAUCCUAUUCAUAAGUCAUACAUACAAAAAGCAAUUCGAACAAUUGAAGCUGCAACUUGUGUACGUUUCCGGGAGGCUACCCCAACAGAUACAAAAUACAUCAACAUAACAGCUGAAGACACUGGAUGUCAUUCACAAGUUGGCUAUUUGCAAAAAGUCCAAAGAAUGAACCUCCAGAAAUUCCCCAUCGACGAAGGUUGUUUCCGAAUGGGAUCGAUUUUGCAUGAAUUCCUUCACACCCUCGGUUUUUAUCAUCAACAAAGUGCCUCCGAUCGGGAUGACUACAUCACAGUGGUCGUGGAGAACAUAACUCCUGGUAUGGAAGAUAAUUUCCGGCAACAAACCGCAACUGAGAAUUUCGGAAUAGCUUAUGAUUAUAAUAGCGUCUUGCAUUAUAGUAGUAUGGCAUUUUCGAAAAACGGUAAAAAGACCAUAAUAACUCGUGAUCCGAAAGCUGUAAUCGGCCAAAGGAAGGCUUUGAGUGCAAAGGACAUAGCCAAAUUGAACACAAUGUAUUUAUGCCCAAUGCAAACUUAGCUUUUAAAUAGUUUUUGCGUCAUUUAUGUGUUGUCUAUAAGCUCUGAGGAUUAAGUUUAUAAAAUUCUUAAUAUCAGAUUUGUUGGAAUAAUUUUAUGGUGGGUUUAGUGGGAAAAAAACACGAUAGAAUUAACGCCAUUCUGAUAGUUUCUAGUUAUCUCUUUAAAAAAAAUGUCAAGCAGUGGAAAAAUAAAAAUGAAUUUAGUACAAA